AUGGCACGACCACGUGCUCAGUCUGGGGCCGAUGGGCCCAAAGAGCCUCACGCAGUGUCUCUCAAAGAACAUAGACUCUCCCGGCCGUCAUUGUCAUAUCAACAUCCUCUACCAGCGGAGGACACGAGGAUAUCUCCGAAAGCUUCAUUGGCUUACCCGUCGAAUGAUUUUGACAGUCAAUUUACACUCAGCCCUAAUGUCACCCUCCCCCCGGCUUUUGGGUCCGCCUACGUCGGAGAAACGUUUGCCUGUUCUUUAUGCGUGAACAACGAACUCCCAGAAAAUGAAAACAGCAAAGUAGUAAGCUCAGUUCGAGUUAUAGCCGAAAUGCAAACCCCAUCACAAGUGAUGCCACUGGAGUUGAAACCGUCAGAGGACGAAGUCGCGCGCAAAGAAGGCGGGCUCGGCCAAGGCGAGUCCUUCCAAAGGAUCAUCCAGUUUGAUCUCAAGGAAGAAGGCAACCAUAUACUCGCGGUCAAUGUCAGUUAUAGCGAGACUCUGAUGGCCGAUGCCAGCCAUGCCGCUGGAGGCAGAGUCCGCACGUUCCGCAAGCUCUACCAAUUCAUCGCGCAGCCGUGCCUCAGUGUUCGCACAAAGGCGUCGGAGUUGGCGCCUCUGGAGAUCGACAACAAGACGUUGGGCCCGUAUGGCAAAGCCCGUCUUCUUCGCUAUGCGCUGGAAGCACAGCUCGAGAAUGUCGGAGACGGGUCGGUGGUUGUUGAGAAAACAACGCUCAACGCAAAGCCGCCUUUCAAGGCGCAAACGUUGAACUGGGACUUGGAACGGCCGGACAAGGUCGGGGUCGAGCGUCCAAUCAUGAACCCCCGGGAUAUUUUGCAGGUGGCAUUCCUGAUUGAGCAAGAGGCCGGGCAAUCCGAUGGGCUGGAGGGUCUUCAAAAGGACCUCAAACGGGAUGGGCGAGCGACGCUGGGGCAGCUAUCCAUUGAAUGGCGGAGUACCAUGGGCGAUCGAGGGUUUCUCACCACGGGCAAUUUGCUUACGAGGAAACGGCAGUAG